AUAAACAACAUUUAUACUUGAGGCGUUUCCUCAGCUGAUCAGAGGAGCCUUUGUUUCUCAGACAUGUCGGUGCCGGUCCAGUCGGUGCCGGUCCAGUCAGUGCCGGUCCAGUCGGUGCCGGUCCAGUCAGUGCCGGUCCAGUCGGUGCCGGUCCAGUCGGUACCGGUUGGCUCAGUGCCGGUCCAGUCGGUGUCGGUCCGCUGCCUCUCGUUCCGGCAGCCGUUUGCCGGUCUGGUUCUGGACGGAGUGAAGACUGUGGAGAGCCGCUGGAGGCCGCUGCUGGACCCGAUGCAGAACCAGACUCUGGGGAUCCACAUCGCCCGGCGGGACUGGGAGGGGGAGGAGUGGCGGACGGUGCUUAGCGGACCGCUCGGGAUGAACCGGGCUCAGAUUGAAGCGCUCCUGGAGUCCGGAGAGAGGUUCGGCCGCGGAGUGGUGGCAGGAUUGGUGGACGUGGGUCCGACCUGGCUUUGUCCCGCCCACCUGUCGGAGGCGGAGCUUCAGCCUCUGGAGCGCUCGGCUGUUCUGAUUGGUCUAGAGCAGAAACACCUGACUCACCUGUCCAACCCGCGCUGGCUGAGGGAGCCAAUCAGCAGCCACGGGGGUCGCGACCUCUGGACCGUGGAGAUCCCCGCCGAACUGUUGCCAUGACGACAAAAACACAGACAUCAACUGUUACCAUGACGACAAAAACACAGACAUCAACAACAAAUCAAAAAGACUCUGAACCAGACUGUGGUG